AUGCUUUUGGCUUUUAUCAUGGUCCCACUUGUACAGAAAGAGUUGGAUGUCUUUAGAGAAACGGUGUGGAACACACACAGAAUACGAGCACAGAAAGAUACAGUACUUCCGGACGGAAUACCAGACAACAUCUAUAACUUUCCAGAGCAAUAUGACCUUGAAGACUGUGGUACUGGGUGGCCCUUAAAAGGAAGUGGAGGGGAAAUGGACAGAAAAAGAGGGGCAAGUAAUGCACCUAGAUAAACAAGACGUUCCCGUUGGUCUAAAUCUAUCAGACAUUAAUCAUGUCAAAUGUCUUCAAAUUAGUUAUUUGUUGAAGAAAAACCAUAAAAUUGUUGUCAUGUCUUCAAGAGAAUAAAGAAAAAUGUCAAUUUGGGGAUAAUUAGUCGAUCCAAUACUAAAUUCUCUGACCUAACAUUAUAAGAAUUGUAUGGUUGACAAUAAGGAGAAAGACAAAUUUGAUCUGGGAGUUAAAGGGUUAAGGCCACUGUGCAGUGAAACCCAUGAAACACACUUUAGUGAGAAAUAACCAUAAAGUUGCAUUCUUCCCCUUUUUUGAUAAUAUUAAGAUAAUCUCCUUGGCCCUGAAAUCUAUUACAAGUAACUUCAAAAGACAUUGAAGCAAAUUCAUACUCAUCCCAGACAGUGAGAUCCCAUAUAUUAUCAGAAGUAACAUAAUGUUCUCCACCUUGUAGGCCUGGCUAUUCGACUCACACAUUCUAGAAUUUACAGCAGUGCAUGAACAUAUCUUCAUAGUGUGACCACAGUUGAGGGCUAACACUUAAACCAGGUAACAAGUACUAACAGAAAAAUACAAAUAGCACUAAUUAAACAUUUUACUUAGUUAUUGUAUGGUUAGUGUUGGCACUCAAUCUAUUUAUUCCCUCAACUACAGAUUUUGUGGUCACAGAGGAACAACUUGAGAAAGUAGCAAAAGAAUCUGGUGUUCUGAGAGUUCCAGAGGACUUCCUGACUGAAGAAUUCAGAGGAGAAUGCGAGCAUCUGACACCAUUAAAUCAGAUGAAUGGACAACUGCAUAUUUGUACUUGA